AAGCAUGUGACUCCGAGGCUGCUGCUCACAUUACAUCACUGCAACUUCAGCAGCAGCUCCAAGAAGUAAAUAUUAAGGGCCGGUUGUGCUCACCCGGUCGCCCCUUCUCCUGAGUCCUGGCAUUCCUGUUUCCCUGGGACCAACUGGGCUGCGCCGAACAGGUCACUCCCGCCCCUGUGCCCUGUGUUAUUCCCGUAUUGAGCAGGUCACGUCCAAUCCCGGGGUUGCUGGCGUUCCUGUGCCACGGAGGAGCUGCAGGACGGAGCUUACUGGCACCGUCUUGUUCUGGCUCUACAAAGCUGUGCCUACCCCAUGCUGGCUGUGCAGCAUGUUGUUCCCAUGAAUCUCGUUAGGGUGGCCAUUAUGAUGGGUUUGUAGUGGCAUAAGGAGAUUUAAGGGUUCCUGGUCUAGUGGAUGAGGGGAAGCUGUAGAUGUGGUUGAUCUUGAUUCUGGCACCUCCAGUCAGUUUUUAAACAGCAGAGAGAAUCUAACAGCCUUGAAGACUUCUGCAGCAUCACACACAGCAGUAACCAUGCUACAGAGAUGAAAUGAUAGUGAGUCUUGCCAGUGUAUCCCAUGGGUCCCACACAGCUUGCUGCACAGGAUCAUGGGAAAAGGGUGGCAAGUGUAUUUGAAAUGGAGGAGGAAGGGUUUUCACUCUUCCAUGGCUCGGAGAUCCCCCCCGAGCAUGCAGAAAAUCCACCCCUGAAGCGGAAGAAGGGUCCAGCCCCCAAGAUGCUGGGGAAUGAAGUGUGCAGUGUAUGUGGGGACAAGGCCUCAGGCUUCCACUACAACGUGCUGAGCUGCGAAGGCUGUAAGGGCUUCUUCCGCCGCAGCGUCAUCAAGGGUGCCCAGUAUGUCUGCAAGAACGGUGGCAAGUGUGAGAUGGACAUGUACAUGCGCCGCAAGUGCCAGGAGUGCCGGCUGCGCAAGUGCCAGGAGGCAGGCAUGCGGGAGCAGUGUGUUCUGUCAGAAGAACAGAUCCAGCUGAAGAAGCUCAAGAAACAGGAGGAUGAUCAGGCUCGGACAGUGGUUGUGCGCCCAACCCCCCCAUCUCCACCCAACCCCCCCUAUAAACUGACACCUGAGCAGUUGGGCAUGAUAGAAAAGCUUGUGGCAGCUCAGCAGCAGUGUAACCAGCGCUCAUUCACAGACAGGCUCAAAGUGACGCCAUGGCCUCAGGCUCCAGACCCUCAUAACCGUGAGGCACGGCAGCAGCGUUUUGCUCAUUUCACUGAGCUUGCAAUCAUCUCUGUGCAAGAGAUUGUAGACUUUGCCAAACAGCUGCCUGGCUUCCUGGAGCUCACCAGGGAAGAUCAGAUUGCUCUGCUGAAGACAUCCACCAUAGAGGUGAUGCUGUUGGAGACAUCCCGGCGCUACAAUCCAGAGACUGAAAGCAUCACCUUUCUGAAGGACCUGAGCUAUAAUCGGGAUGAUUUUGCCAAAGCAGGCCUGCAGUUCGAGUUCAUUAACCCUAUCUUUGAGUUUUCAAAGGGAAUGAAUGACCUACAGCUCAACGAUGCUGAAUAUGCACUUUUAAUCGCCAUCAACAUUUUCUCUGCAGACCGACCAAAUGUGCAGGAUCAGUCCCUGGUGGAGAAACUGCAGCACACCUAUGUAGAGGCCCUUCAUUCUUAUAUUUGCAUCCAUAGACCAAAUGACCAUCUGAUGUUCCCUAGGAUGUUAAUGAAACUGGUCAGUCUUCGGACUCUAAGCAGUGUCCACUCCGAACAAGUUUUUGCCCUUCGACUACAGGACAAGAAACUCCCUCCCCUGCUCUCAGAAAUCUGGGAUGUGCAUGAGUGACUAUGUGCUCCCAGGGAACUGACCUGCUGAAGUAACACCACCUCCCAUCCCUUGCUAACAAGAAGCCAGCCUCCCCUCUCCAAACCACUGAACUGGGGGCUGGGCUGGGCAGUGCAGAGUGAUGAGCCUGUGGUUUCUCUGAUGUGAUGAGACUGUGCAUAAGGCAUCUGGGAGAGAUCAGAUGUUUUUGUAAUCUUUGAUUUAGUGCCUCCUAGAAAUGGGAUCAUGUGUGAAAUGCUUGAAAAUGCUAGAGAUGAACAUCCCACCCCAAAUGUUUCUUCAAUGUCUGUCUUUUUUCUAAGUACGUGUUCUGGGGUUUUGCCCCACCUUCCUUUCCCUUCUCAUUGAUUCUGAAAGUGAAUUUGCAGGAACUUGUUAAAUGUUCACUGAGCGCAUCCUAGCCCCAAAGGCUUCCC